AUGACGCUCUCCGUGAGAAUUGAUUUACACACGCUCUGUUCAUGCAAGUUUCCGUUCCCGUCACUUCGACUCUACUGUGAUGCCGCGUCAUCAAACUCGUUUCAUUACCAAAACACACUCGAUCCAACAUUCUUUCCAGCAUCUCCGAGGAAUGUGAAUGUACAUACGAACGUGGUCGCAGUUGAGAUCAAUGCUCUCGAUCUUCAACCCGGAUUUUCAAACGUAAGAUUACUGCGCGAAAAUGUGAUACGAACCUUGCGUCAAAUUGAUAACAACAAUUUCUAUAGUCGGAAAGGUAAGAAGACAUGA